GAGUUUCAUUGGAGACAGACAGCACGGUCUUGAGACGGACAUAUCCGAGCCUGAAUACGGUGACGCUCUUAACCUUGAGUGACCUUACGCGUGCUGUACGUAAACAUAUGCUCGGUGCAAGCCGGACUAUAGUAACGUUACGUCAGAUUUAACACCGGUAUCUGCGUCAAGAGAGCUGAAGGGGACCGUGUGACGUUGUCCGGCGUGCGCGUCAUCGUGACAUUCGCGUCGACCGAUCCGUAGACCUCGCGUGGACCGACGGACGCAUCUAUCGUGCCGCAGGGGUUCACCAGAAACCUCUCACAUGAUGUACACAAUAACCAGAGGUCCCAGCAAACUUGUUACACAACGCAGAACAGGUCCCACGCAACAGAUUGAAAGUAAAGCAAACGACCUGAAACCGAAGCAAAGUCACUGGUUUGCAUCGGAUUCCCCCGCACCCAAGAUUGUAUUUCAUCGAUUGAACGGAAAGCGCUACCACAGAUCAACCUCUCCGAAAUCUGACAGCCCAACUGAAGGAUUCACCCCGGCACACGAGGAGAACGUUCGAUUUGUUUACCAGGCCUGGCAAGAGGUGGAACAGAAACUCGGAGACGGAUCCCAGCCAGAGACCGGGAAAGGUCCAGUGCAGUACGCAGAGAGAAGCCCUAAUCCCGGCAUGAAGAAUUUUGUGCCUAUUGACCUUGAGGAGUGGUGGGCGCAGCGCUUCCUGGCCAACAUUGCCAAUCUGUCAUGACAGGUGCAUGAUGGGACAUGAGGAGAUGUCUUGACUAAAGCAGGGUGAAGGAGGGCAGAUGCAGUCUGACUGUCUUGAUGAUCUGAUUUAAGAGAUGUACACUGCACAAGUUCUGCCUCUCCAUUUGAACUCUGGACCCCGACUCUCUCAUUCCCUCACGCACAUAGAAGACGAUCAGAGAUUUUACUUCUGCUUUUCUUUCUAUCUUGUGCGCUAAGAUGAGAUGUCUGUUUUUCCUGACAGAUCUUUGCAAAAAAAGUGAUGUUAUAAAACGAACAAAAAAAUACAGAAUUGUUUUUGAAGA